AGGAAACGGAGUUCUCAGAUGAUGACUGCCCUUCCAGUGUUUGCGUUGGUUGUGACUUGCCUGGCAGCCACAGUGCAGCAAACAGCCGCAAUCUGCUGUCGAGAAAGCAAAACAAAGUUUUGCCUUGAUUGCACUAGGAAAACCCCUUACUGUUCAUACGGAAAGUGCAACAUAUUCGGCUGCGCUUGUGCCUCUGCAUGUAGAGAGGACUGCAACCCUGACAUCACCGUUAGAAAUAGAGGCUGGCUGAGAAGGCCGGAGUACAGUUGCCGAUGUAUGAACAAAAGGAGAAGGGAUGCUGAGGAUGUUGAGGGCCAGGAAGAUGAAGACCAGGGUGAUGAAGACCAGGAUGAUCAGGGCGAAAACUGGGGUCCAGAUGAAAUGUUCGCCGAGCUUGAUAUAGAUGGAGAUGGUUAUAUAAGCAUGGAUGAGUUCAGCAGUGCCCUACAGGGUUACCCAGAUAUUAACGCUGCGUUUAAGGAAAUGGACGCCAAUGAUGACGGCAAGAUUGAUCGCCAGGAGUUCGAUUCUGAUCUGCAGUAGCUCUAAAAAACAUCACGUCUUCCUCCCUUUAUUGAAAUUAGAAAUGUACCUUUAUCAUUAUGUGAGACGAAAUGAUAAUGCUGUUUAUAUGUA